UAACUGUGUGUAGUCGUCCAGCUGAGCAGUGUGAACACAAACAAAGGCUGUUGCACGUUUAGCUGUCAGGAUGACCAUGAAUAAAUCCCGAGUGUCCGCGGGUUUCAUCGUGCUGGGAGUUCUGACAACGUUUUUCGGCAUUGUUCUGGUUUUCGUAGGGCCGAUAAUAAUCAACGACCAAGUAGUUAAGAACACAAUAAUCAGUCCCAGCAAUGAGCUCUCCUACUCCAUGUGGAAGGACCUCCCAGUGCCCUUCUUCAUGUCAGUCUACUUCUUCAACGUCCUGAACCCUCAGGAGGUCCUGAAUGGAGAGAAGCCAAUGGUGGAGGAGAGAGGGCCCUACGUGUACAGAAAGCGGUUUCAGAAGGAAAAUAUCACGUUUCACCCCAACGGGACGGUGUCCUACAUAGAAUACAGAAGUUACUACUUUGACCGCUCCAUGUCUGUUGGGAACGAGUCGGAUAUCGUCACUAUUCCAAACAUGCUGGUUCUGGGUGCAGCUGUGAUGUUGCAGGACAUGCCCUACGCAUUGCGUUUACUGGUCAGCGCCACCUUCAAGACCUUCAGUGAAGGCCCCUUCCUGACCAAGACAGUGGGAGAGUUGCUGUGGGGUUAUGACAGUAAACUAGUCGAUUUCCUUAAUCAGUACCUUCCGGGCAUGUUGCCCACAUCUGGAAGAUUUGGACUCUUUGUAGAGUUCAACAACUCCAACACUGGGCUGUUCACUGUCCACACUGGGAAAGAUGACAUCACAAAAGUCCACAAAGUUGACUCCUGGAACGGCCUGAGAGAGCUGAACUACUGGAGGACUCCUCAGUGUAACAUGAUCAAUGGAACAGCUGGGCAGAUGUGGCCUCCAUUCAUGACCAAAGAGAGCACCCUGCCCUUCUACAGUCCUGAUGUUUGCCGGUCUAUGGAACUUGUUUACAAGCAAUCUGGCAACAUGAAAGGGAUCCCUUCAUAUCGAUUUGUUGCUCCCAAGACCCUGUUUGCUAAUGGGACUGAUUACACUCCCAAUGAAGGCUUUUGUCCCUGCAGGCAGUCCGGCCUGCUCAACGUCAGCACCUGUCGCCACAACUCCCCGACCUUCAUCUCUCAUCCUCACUUCUUUAAUGGUGAUCCUGUGCUGCAAGACUUUGUGUUGGGCCUUCAUCCCAAUGAGGAGGAACAUGGCCUUUUUAUAGACAUCCACCCACUAACAGGUAUUCCUCUGAAUGUGUCCGUCCGCCUUCAGCUCAACCUUUAUAUGAAGAAAGUGUCAGGAAUUACAGAAACUGGCAAAAUUUCUGAGGUGGUGAUGCCCAUGCUAUGGUUUGAGGAGAGUGGGUACAUAGAUGGACCAGUCCUCACAACAUUUCACACAAACCUGGUUGUUCUACCUGCUGUGAUGGAGUACAUUCAGUACAUCUUCAUAGCUCUCGGCCUAGUAACAAUUAUUGUUGCCUCUCUGGUGCAUUACAAAGCCAAGGCAACCAGUAAGGGGCAGGUAAAUGGCUCACGUGGCGAAAAGUAUCAUGAGUGAUUCAGAGAAAAGAGCAUGAACGUGGCACAAUACCAAGUCGAAGCACAAGCACUUCACCGGAUGAACAAACUCCUUUGCUG